CCCAGGAAGAGCCAACCUGAAGGCGUCACACAGAUACGCUGCAAACCUCCUAUCUGCAGCCUCAAGUCUAUACUCCGGUUUUGGCAUAUUUUGCUUGAUCAGAGCUUACCUCUUCGCGGCCAGACCCAGCGGUGUCAGCGGUGGACGACGAACGGCAGCAGAGACGGAGACACUGCAGGGAAACAGACGGAGCCGCCGCAGCUGAACGGAGAGGCGGACCCGACUCGACCGCACGGAGGACGGCCUCAGCUCCUGCCCAUCAGGAAAGCAGCGGGCGGAGCUUGCUGUGUGGGCCGGACAGUCCACCCUUCCCCGGAGAGGAUCCCUGGUGACAGCUCGGCUGCGGAGACAACAGGUACAGCUGCAGCCGACCGGGAGCCGUACAGCAAAGACCCUAGAAAGAGACUCCAAUGGCGCCAAUUUCUACGUAUUCAAUGUUGGGACCAUUCAAGGGCCACAUGAGUUUGAAAAGUAGCCCCUUGUAUCCGGGGUCUUCCUGCUCGCUGUCAACUCAGUUCAUCAUUCAAGACCACAUGGCGACACACUACAGGAGGCUGAGUUCUGCCAAAGCCGCAGUCGAUACGUCUGCACCAAAGAGUUUAUCAAGCAGCGUGAAAUUCAGAGAUCAGCAGAACAAGGAGAGGCUCCUGAGAGCUGUUCACACAUUCAGGGAUAAGAUUCGGCAGAUCUGUUCUACUUCUACUCAUCAGUCACACAGCAAUUUCCCCGGACAGCGCGAGGUGCAUUACGGUCACAGAGAAAUGGCUGGAACAGAGAACGCUUCAGACGUACAGAACACGGCCUCUCGGGCUCACUCGCCAGUCCUGAUAGCGAGAGACGUCAUGGCCAGUAUUGAGCAAGGAAGACAUUGCGAUGAUGAUGGGGGACCGGGACCUUUCCAGCCGAAAAGCGGCAGAAUUUCUCUCCAUCAUGGGCUGCCCAGAAAAAAAACAUAUAAGGACCCUCAGAAGCAAACGUACAGCGGAGACCUGCUAGAGAAACACGCUGCCAGCUUUACGCGUUUCACCAAGCCUGGUCAGCCGCGACUGCUGAGGAAGCCGGCUCAGUCUGUCCUCUCACAGUACAGAUACUACACAGCUCCCGCCAAGAGGAAGACCACAAACCCACUAUCGCCACCGGGGGACAAACGUCACAUGGCCCGUGAGACGCAGCUGUACAGUAGGUCACUGGAAGACAUCCGUGCGCCUGCAGAAAACAUCAGUCACACGCACCCGCCAUCUAUGUUGCCAAGGAAAGUCAGUUUCUCACACCCUUUCCGUGAGGAGCCCUGUGUUUUCAAGGGACUAUUUCAGAGAAGAGAAAAUCCGAAAGCUCUAGGAAUUCCUCAUUCACAUCUGCGACAGGAGGAAGACCUGAAACACCUUCGCUUUCUUGAAGCGCUCACAAGUGACCUCGUGCGUAAAGGCUGUGAAUCCAACGGUGCUAUGGAGAAUGUAUUUCAAGAUCACCUCACUAGAAAUGGGAACAUCGAUGAGGUGAAGAAGGAGGUACUGGUGCAAGAACUGAGAGAGGAGCUGGAAAGAAGCGUGAAGUUAGAUUUCACCAUCAGUUAUGACGGACGUUGGUACGGCUCCGAAAAUCUUCCACUGGGAAGAAAUCUGUCUCAGCUCCUGAACAUCUAGAAACCACGUACAGGACUCUCUGGGGGUAAUUCCAAGUUGAUCGCAGCAGGAAAUUUUUUAGCA